AUGCCGCAGCUUAAGCAACCUACGGCUGCCCUGUCGCCGAAUGCCACCAUCGCCCAACGUCUCCGUGCGGCGUGCCCCCAUCUUGAACCUAAGUGGUCAGCAAGGCGGCGCCCAAGGAAAGGUCGAGGUCCAAGGUGCGAGGUUCAAACAGCACCGCCAGACGUCGGUUUGUCUUCCUCCGAUAACUGCCCACUCGCUCACCCGUCCGCCGCCUGA